UGUUUUAGCGCUCGAGUCAAUCCCCUGGCAGGCGGAGAUAUAUGAGCGACAUUCCACUCACUGAUCGUGCAGUACACAGGAUCAUUUCACACAGAGAGGAUCGUUCGAGGAUCAUUUACUGAGAUCUUUUCUGUUUUUAGCCGCUUAUACGAAUCCACAGACGGAUAAAUUCAGCACGAUUCCUUCCAGAGAUCAGCCGAGGAAGAUGGCUUCAAUCCCCGCCGUGUCUGUGCUGAUUCUGGCCAUCGUUGUUCCGAGCCUGGCUGGAUACAUUGAGGCGCUGGCGGCAAACGCAGGUACCGGAUUUGCUGUGGCCGAACCGCAGGUCGCCAUGUUCUGCGGCAAACUUAACAUGCACGUUAACAUACAGACUGGCCGCUGGGAGCCGGACCCUACCGGUACCAAAACCUGUGUUGGAACCAAAAAGGAAGUGCUGGAGUACUGUCAAGAGAUUUACCCUGAACUUAAAAUCUCAAAUGUUGUGGAGGCCAACCAGCCAGUCAAGAUUGAGAACUGGUGCAAAAAAGACAAGAAACAGUGCAAGGGCCACGGCCACAUCGUGGUUCCCUACAAGUGCUUGGGUAAGUGGUUUGAUUGACAAGUCUUUUGUGUUUAAACUGGCAAUCUUCACUGGGGUUGAAGGCAUCAUCGUGAAAGUGAGACAUGUGAUACCCAGUCCCUGCAGUUUGAAAUGACAAGGUUAAGCCUGAACAAGGCACUAAAGAUCAUUUUCAAAGUGAGCAUCAGCUUCCAAGAUUUAAAGCUUUAACUGGAGAUCAGGUUUCUUUUUGUAUCCGUGUUACCUUCAGGUCACUUGACAGAAAUAUAGUGUUUUGUCCAACUAUGGGUGGCAAAUUAGUAUU